AUGAUCUUGUUUUCAAAGGUCUAUAUCAUCACAGCGUUCAUUCAAACUAUCAAAGCCUUUAUCUCCACUGAUCCAUGUGAUCUUUCCAUCAUUCCAUUCUACCAUAAACGGUUCUUAUUUGCAAUAGUUUUCCUUCUAACUCUCUCCACAUCCUUCCCAUUUUCUAUCACAAUCGAACGAUAUUAUGCAAUGAAAACUGCUGAAAAAUAUGAGAAGACUCCUGUUAUUUUGGGACCCAUAUUGGUUGGAGUGAAUACUCUGGUUAACUUGGGAAUCAUGUACAAUAUAUUCAAAGAUGAAUCGUUUAGCGAUCCUUCAGUUUCAUUUUCAGUUUAUCCACCUGUGGCAGCUCAGAAGAUAUUCACUUUCUGCUUCGUUCUCUUCUUCCUCAAUUUAAUCGAUGUCCUCUUCGAUAUAAUCCUUCUCCGGCAGAACCUUCGACUCAAAAAACUGCUGACCAACUCCUCUCUAACCGCCAAAUAUCAGCUGGAAGAAGUAUAUCAAUCGACUAAAUUUUCAGUUUUUCUGAUUCUAAUCCAUAUUAUUUCGUUCGGAAUCUAUGUAUCGGCUGUGGCGUUUUUCAGAUAUUUUGGAUCAUUGAUAAUUUCUGAUCCAUAUUACGUGUUCGGUAUGAGACUCAUGUGUUCGACGAUGAUUCCAACCUAUCACCUUCUCCUGGGUGUGUUCUCAAUCCUAUUUUUAAAUCGGAUCAAAUCGAAAAAGUCAGAAGGAACAACUAUUCAAAUGUCAUCAACCGGCAGGAGUGGAGCUAAUAAUUAUGAUCAUGCGAUAUUUAGUAUCUGGAAUUCUGUUUCUGGAAAUCCGACAUCUUGA